GCUCUACUGGCUCUUCUUGUUUCCUCGCAGUGGCUGUGUUACAACAACUCACGCAACACUUUGUUGAGUGUUUACAGGGAAACGUUAGUAGGACAAAAAGUACAAUGGCAGAGACAAGCUGACAGUGGACAUAUGAUUUCAAAGAAGGGGGGCGUUUUAGAGCACACAGGAUCAGCAGGGGGGUGGACAUCUGUGUUUUUGAUUGGCCUUCUGAUAACUCUGUCUGUUUCCUGCACAUGUACUGAGGGAAAACAGAGCCCCUCUCUGUCAGGACCUCAGAAGAUGUGUGGACACAGACAGAGCUGUGAAGUUGCAAAUAACUUUUACCUUGAGUUGAUCAAGUAGGAAAAACCAACCCACGGGGGAAAAGAGCCGGUCUUACAGAUUAGCAACUGUUUCAAAGUCAGCCGGUGACCUAUUGUUCGGACUAAAAGAUGGACAAGGAUGAUGCAAAGCCGAAGACAUAUGUUUCCACCUUCCGACUGGCGCUCAAGCCUCAGGGAGGGAAGCAGAGAGAGAAUGGACUGGAGACCAAAAACAGGAUGUUAACAGGAAACAGCAAGCUAAGAAGUUCAUCUUCAACAGGUGUCGAUCAGGGAGACAAUAAAAUUGUUGAAGCCCCCAAGUUUAAGGAGCCAAUCAGGGAUGGUUCAGUCUGUGUCGGGGGUGAUGUCAUAUUUGAUGGCGUUAUCACAGGAACUCAGCCGUUGAAUAUUUCCUGGCUGCACAAUGGUGCUAAAUUAACUGAAUGUAAGACUUCCUUCAAGAAUAGUGUUGCCAGUUUAACCCUGACUCAGUGUUCAACCAGACAUGCUGGAGAGUACACCUGCAUGGCUGAAAACAGUGCCGGAAGGAUAUCCAGCAGCGCUUUGUUACAAAUUACAGGUCAAGGAGCAGCAACAAGAGAAAUUCCCACAUCACGACACCAUGAACUGUGCAGUGAUGUGUCAUUGAAAUCAGAGUCUCAUGAAAAUACCAAAGGGAAAAAACAACAAAGAGAAGAAAAGAAUAAAGUUAUCAGGAACAACAGAUUUCAAACAAAAGCUCCUACAAGCAAAGGACCUCCAGUGGCUUUUAUAGACCCACCAGAGAAAGUGGACGUUUGUGUGGGUCAGCCAGCUCGGCUACAUUGUGAGUUCAGGAGCAGCUCUCUUCCUGUGGCCUGUUGCUGGAUUUACAACAAAGCCAAAGUGGUGUCAGGGAAUUCUCGGGUGACAGUGAGGAGCCAGGGGACCCAAAGCGCUGUAGAGAUCUCAGAGGCUGCCCCAGAAGACACAGGAUCCUACACUGUGAUUGUACGGAACAGACACGGCUCUGCUCAGCAUACAGUGUCACUCAGCAUCAUAGACCGACCCUCUCCCCCAUCAUCACAGCCUGUUGCUUCCAGGAUUUCGACACAGUCCCUUGUCCUUUCCUGGACGGGCCCCAGCUACGACGGAGGCACAGCUGUAUUGGGUUACAUUGUAGAGGCCCUUCAAGCGGGACCCGAAAAGCCUGGGAGCUGGACUGAGAUAAGCAGGUGUAAGAACACGUCGUUCCACAUUCGCUCAGGGUUGGAGCCUCUCGGACAGUACAGGUUUAGGGUUAGAGCCUGGAACUUUGCAGGUAGCAGCGAACCAAGCCAGGAGUCUCAGUGCAUCAGUAUGGCAGCCACAAAGGAAAAAAAGGAUGAGCCCGACUCAUAUGUGAUGGUGACUAUUGACACCAAACACAAGGUCAGGGACCACUAUAACGUGCAUGAAAAGCUGGGGGUUGGAAAAUUUGGAGAGGUGUAUCGGGUGACUAAGAAUGAGACUGGCAAAGAGUUUGCAGUUAAGUUCUAUCGUGCCCGGACCUCAAAGGACAAGUCAGAAGCUCGCAGAGAGAUUAAUCUAAUGAACAAGCUUCACCACCCAAAGAUAGUCCAGUGUCUGGCCGCGUAUGAAACGCGUCGCGAGUUGGCAAUGGUCAUGGAGUAUGUUGCAGGAGGGGAGCUCUUUGAACGCAUCGUGGAUGAAAACUUUGAGCAUACAGAACCCACCAGCGCCCGAUACGUGCAGCAGAUCCUGGAGGGGAUGCAGUAUGUGCACAAGCAGAAAAUUGUCCAUCUGGACCUCAAACCGGAAAACAUUGUCUGUGUGGACACGUCUGGCACCAAGAUCAAGAUAAUCGACUUUGGCCUGGCCAGUGAACUAGAGGAGGGUAAACCUCUGAUGGUGAUGCACGGUACCCCAGAGUUUGUUGCUCCUGAGGUGAUCAACUAUGAGCCUGUCGGAUUUGAGACAGACAUGUGGAGCAUUGGAGUCAUCUGCUUCAUCUUGCUUAGUGGAGAAUCCCCAUUCCAGGGAAACAAUGAUGCUGAAACGUUCGCUCUGGUGACAGCAGCCAGCUUUGAGUUUGACCCAGAAAGUUUUGAAGAUAUCUCUGAUGAGGCAAAGGACUUCAUCAGCUCCCUGCUGAAGAAAGACCGCAGAUCCAGGUUGUCGUGCAAAGAGGCCCUCUCCCACUCAUGGAUGGCUUCCUUCACCCCUCUGAACCGCAGACCCACUAAGACUCUUAAUAAAGAGAAGAUGAAGCGCUUUCUAGCAAGACGCAAGUGGAAGAAAACUGGCCAAGCUGUUUUGGCCCUGAACCGGAUGGCUAACCUCUCCAGCAGGCCGGAUUCUCCUGGCAGCUCCUCAGAGGAGCCAGCAUGGAGCCGUGAGGCAGAGGAGGCCAUCCAGUCACUGGACAAGCAGCUGCAGACUGAGCCGCACUUCCAGCAGGUCCUGAAGGACAUCACCCUUCCAAAGGGAGAGACUGCUCAGCUGACAUGUCUGGUUGAUGGUUACCCAAAGCCAGAGGUGAAGUGGCUUCAUAACGAGGAGCUAUUGUGUGACUCCAGCAGAGUGAGAAUGAAUCAAGAUGAAGAUGGCGUCUGCUCUUUGUUUUUAGCUGAUCUGGAACCCUCUGACUCAGGGGUUUAUGUUUGCAGAGCCCAAAACAAGCUCGGAGAGGCAAUGUGCUCUGCGAAACUGAAAAUUGAACUGAGAGAAUAGAUUUAUUUUAUGAUUGUCACUACAUGGACACCUAUGUUAUCUAUGAGCAUGCAAACGGCAGAAGUCACAACUGUAUUGCAUCAAAGCGGAAGCUAAUGGCUAUAAAUGCAAAGCUUUUAUUACUAAACCUUAAAAUAAUCACUUUUUUUAAGCACAUGGGAAAUGAUGCAAGAGCAGUUUUACGAAUGCAACGCUAUCCACAAACAUUGUAUAUUAAAUUGUUUACAUUCAUUUUUUAAGCACUGAAAUUAAAGUCUUUUGAUGAAC